CUGACAUAGUCAGAAUCCUCCUUAUUUUUUGUCUCAACUAUAAUCAACUGUACACUAAGAUUCUAAGGAGCUACUUUCUUGCUUGUCUUUCUAGGGUAUCAAGGGACAUGAGAAAUGGCACAGUAAUCACAGAAUUCAUCCUCCUAGGCUUUCCCGUUAUCCAAGGCCUACAAACACCUCUCUUUAUAGCAAUCUUUCUCAUCUACAUAUUAACCCUUGCAGGCAAUGGGCUUAUUAUUGCCAUUGUGUGGGCUGAGCCCAGGCUACAAAUUCCAAUGUACUUCUUCCUUUGUAACCUGUCUUUCCUAGAGAUCUGGUACACCACCACAGUCAUCCCCAAACUGCUAGAAACCUUUGUAGUAGCAAGAACAGUCAUCUGCAUUUCUUGCUGCCUGCUGCAGGCCUUCUUCCACUUCUUCCUGGGCACCAGCGAGUUCUUGAUCCUCACUAUCAUGUCUUUCGACCGCUACCUGGCCAUCUGCAAGCCCCUUCGCUACCCCACCAUCAUGACCAGCAAACUCUGCCUGCAGCUGGCCCUGAGCUCCUGGGUGGUGGGUUUCACCAUUGUCUUUUGUCAGACAAUGCUGCUCAUCCAGUUGCCAUUCUGUGGUAAUAAUGUUAUCAAUCAUUUCUACUGUGAUGUUGGGCCCAUUUUGAAAGCAGCCUGCAUAGACACCAGCAUUUUAGAACUCCUGGGUGUCCUGGCAACCGUCCUUGUGAUCCCAGGGUCACUCCUCUUUAAUAUGAUUUCUUAUAUCUACAUCCUGUCCACAAUCCUACAGAUUCCUUCAGCCACUGGCCGCCAAAAGACUUUCUCUACCUGUGCCUCUCACCUGACAGUUGUCUCCCUGCUCUAUGGGGCUGUUCUGUUCAUGUACCUAAGACCCACAGCACAUUCGUCCUUUAAGAUUAAUAAGGUGGUAUCUGUGCUAAAUACCAUCCUCACCCCCCUCCUGAAUCCCUUUAUUUAUACCAUUAGAAACAAGGAGGUGAAGGGAGCCUUAAGAAAGGCAAUAACUUGCCCAAAGACCGAUCAUGCAAAGUAAAACAUGCAACACAUUAAAAUGAGCUUAAGGCAGAUAAAAACAAUUAAAAGUGAGAGAGGAUUGUGGAAAAGUUUGGUAAAACAGGCUCCUCCCAAAUCUCAGAAGUUCUAAUUCAAUGCUACAGUAAUAUAAAGAUGCAAAAGCAAACAUGAUAGUUAGGGUCCCCUAUGAGAAUU